UUGAAACUUUGACUUUGAUUCGUGACGUUUUCGACGUGUGCAUAUUUCAAAAAAUGUUUAUUUCUAAACAAAAUAGAUUUUUUAGAUUGUUAAGCUAAUUUAUCGAAUUUGAAACAUGAAAUUCGCCGAAAUAUCAAAGAUGAAAUCUCAAACGAGUAAAAAAGGUCAUCGAAAUGUUCGAUUACAGGAUUUAUUAAGAAAACAUUGGUUUAUACUCGGUAUUUUACUUUCUAUAAUAUUUGCGGCAAUAGCGCCUAAUAUAGGAACCAAAGGAGGUGUCUUAAAACCAGAAUAUACCGUGAAAUACGGGGCUGUAUCUGUGAUAUUUCUAAUAAGUGGCUUAUCGUUGAAAACUGAAGAUAUAUUCCAAACUUUGACACAAUAUAAAUUACAUUUAUUUAUACAAAUUUUCACUUUUAUUGUAAUUCCAGUUUUUACACAUUUCUGGUCCAGUAUUUUAUUAUUUUUAGGGGUAAAUUCAUGGAUUAUUAAAGGCAUGCUAACUGUUGCUUGUAUGCCUCCACCAGUUUCAAGUGCAGUUAUUUUAACAAGAGCAUCGCAUGGAAAUGAAACAACUGCUAUAUUUAAUUCGGUGUUAGGCAGUUUUCUUGGCAUUCUAAUAACACCACUUGCGUUAUUAAUAACAUUAGGUUCAACCACCGUCGUACCCUUAGUUAAUACAAUCAUCCAAUUGAUAAUAACAGUACUAGGACCCUUGGUAAUUGGACAAUUAAUACGAAAAUUUUCAAAAUUUCGUGGUCAUGGUAUUCCUUUAAAUAAUAUUGGACAAAUUUUAUUACUAUUUAUUAUUUACACCACAUUUUGUGAUACUUUUAUGACUCAUGAAAUGGGUUUGAGUGCCAUCGAUAUACUUGUCACGAUUGUUUUAGUUCUAGUACUACAAAUUUUAAUGAUGGCAAUGAGUUAUUCAAUUGCAAGUAAUUUUCCAAAAUUAUUUUCUCCUUCAGAAGUAGUAGCAAUUAUAUUUUGCUCAACUCAUAAAUCGUUAACUUUAGGUAUACCAAUUUUAAGAAUUAUGUUCCAUGGAUAUUCGCAUUUAAGUCAAAUUAGCCUUCCGCUAUUAGUUUAUCAUCCCGCUCAAAUCAUUUUAGGUGGUUUAAUGACUACGCAAUUGAAAGACUGGGUACGCGAUUGUAGGAAUAAGCGAUUACCAGUGUAAAAAUGUAUUUAGAAAUAUUGUAACUUG